UUGGCCUUGUCGCCUUUCCGUGCGUGGGGAGUGAGAGGAUGUGAGAGGUGUUGGUUGGCCACCCGCAGCAGCGCUGGGUGCAGGGAGUCCGGUGAGGAGAAAAAAAAUCAACUCGGGGUUUUGACACACGAUCAGCUCGAGGUCCCCGCGACUGAUUUCAGGCUGUCCCCGGUGGAGGUUUGGUGCUUGCUCUCUCGGCUUGCCUGUUAGGCCUUGCAUGAAGAGAUCAUUAUGGACGAAUUAAGUCAGGCAUUGUCCACCAGCUUUACAGUCUCUCGCGACCUCAACAGCAUUGCCGCUCCACAUCCACGACUUGCCCAGUACAAACUCAAAUCCAACACACAGGAGCAAGCAGAGCGGAGGCAGAAACUUCUGGAGAACCAAAAAUUGCAGCGACUGAAUUAUGUUAACCAUGCAAGGCGUCUGGCUGAAGAUGACUGGACAGGAGAAGACAGUGAGGAGGAACCAGAGGGACAUGAUGAAAUGGAAGUUGAAGUGACAAAGAGGAAGUUACCCAAACGCUACGCAAACCAGUUAAUGCUUUCUGAGUGGCUGGUGGAUGUACCCAGUGACCUGGCUGAAGAAUGGCUGCUGGUGGUCUGUCCUGUUGGCAAGCGGACUCUCAUUGUAGCUUCCAGAGGGAGCACGGCUGCGUACACGAGAAGUGGCUUCUGUGUGAACAGGUUUCCCUCACUCCUCCCUGGUGGAAAUCGACAGAACUCUGCUACUGGCAAAGAUUACACUAUAUUGGACUGUAUUUACAGUGAAGUAAACAGAACAUACUUUGUUUUGGAUGUGAUGUGUUGGAGGGGUCACCCAGUCUAUGAUUGUCAGACCGAAUUCAGAUUUUUCUGGCUUCAGUCAAAAUUGGAAGAGGAAGGCAAGAAGCUGGCUGAGAUAGCAUCCCACAAUCCAUUUAAGUUUGUGGGCCUGCCAAGUUUGCCAUAUACCCCAGAAGCUAUUUGUCAGACUUUGGCUGCAAUUUAUCCAUUUGAGGUGGAUGGGUUGCUGUUUUACCACAAACAGACACACUACACCCCGGGGAGCACACCGCUGGUUGGCUGGCUGAAACCAUACAUGGUGGCUGACAUCCUCGGACUGGCUGUCCCGGCCUGCCCUUUGUCCACGAAGCCUGAUUAUGCCAACGCACAAAUGCAGCAGAUAAUCGAGCUGAAAAAGAGCAAGGCUGAGGGGCGCAGCACUAGCCCAAGGAAGAAGGAGAGCCGAUACGAGUUGGAGCAUCUUUCCACUCCCAAAAAAGCUGAAUCAUCAACCUCUAAAAUGGAAUGCACGAGUAAAAUCGGAAGCUGAGUGUCUUAGCUGUAUGGACAGUGACCUGUUCCAGGAUGGUACAUCCCCUGCCGGAAACCCUCAAAGGACCAGCACUUCCUGGUUUAUUUAUUUUAAAAAUAAAAGUUAUAUUUGA